AUGGGUGGGAACAAAAGUCCCUCUGUAAUCACUGUGCUGCAUUACUUUCUGUGGUGGUCCCUGGAACCAUGUCACCACUAUGCCUUCCUGCCCCUGCAGACCUUCAGUGCCCAGUGCUGUCUAGCUGAAACUACUGAGAUCUUUUCACUGCCUCGGUACCAAAAUGACUUGACUCUGAAGCUUAAGUCCCAUUUAGAAUUGUUGACUGGGAUCCCCCUUCAUUUCUAGAGGCUUCAGUACCUGCAUGAAGUAGAUCUGCCAGAUGAGUCUACGCUUAAGGACAAUGAAAUUGUCCCUGGUGGAACGAUUAUAAUGCACAUCUGGUGAGAAGAUGGCUGGGAGCAUCUCAUGGCUGCUGCUACAAAAGGAGAGACUGCGAAGCUGGCCCAUCUGGGAGUUACAGAGGACUUUGUGGGCACCGACGCGGAGGUACUGGGACCACAGCAGAAAAAGGACCGGGUAGCACACCGAGCUUUCGUGGCACUGUUUGUUGCCAGCCACAGAGGUCAUGUUGAAACUGCCAAGUUUCUCCUGAGAUAUGGUGUGGAUUUGUAUUCUAAAACCCGUCCAGGAAGGGUUCCUGCCCUUCACCUCGCUGCUGUCGUGGGCGAGUGCGGCUGCACUGAACUGCUCCUUGGCUAUGGGGCACGAGCUCUUGGCUCGGACAGUGAGGGACACGCUGCGGUGAGCCUGGCCCGGCUGCGGGGCCGGGAGCAGAGUGAACGCACCAUGGUUCGCUUCCAGUGGAGGAAGAGGUCCCCUGGCGCGGUGCCACGCUCCAGCACUGUGAAUCGAGCCUGCAGCGCAUGUCUGGUCCCACAUCCCAAAAUACAUGUGGACUAA